AUGGCCGACCACAGCUCUCCAAAUUACAAAGAUCUUUACCUUAAGGCAGAAGAAGGACCGAAGCAGGCGGAAGAACGCGAGAGGCAGGAAGCAGAAGGGAGACGGCAGGAAACAGAAAGGAGGCGACAAGCAGAAGAACGCAACCAACAGGCCUCUUUCACAGAGCUCUUGCAGCACUGCCAUGACCUUCUCUCCGGCCAGUUGCGAGUCGAGACACCGUCUCGCUCAACCACUGGCAAAAUACCCCUUCCGACCGGAAAAGACUGCCCAACUCGAUUGGAACAUUGGGCCGACUGCCCAGAGCAGCUGCUUCGUGUCUACAAGUCUGUCUGCCAGUAUCUACAUCGGAGUUAG